GGUACAUUUAAGGAAUUUCUGAACAAAGGAGAGUUGUUUUGAUGGCAGUUAUUUUUCUUGAUCUUUACAUACACAUUUAUUUAAAGAUAAGAAUGACUUCAGCCAGUGGACCAUUAUGUGAUGUAUGUGAAACCCAGGAUGUGGUUAUAAACGCCAUUUGCUGGUGCCCUGAAUGCGAUGAAGGUCUAUGCACAUCAUGCGAAAAGUACCAUCGGGCUUCUAAAUCCUCAAAAAAUCACGAAGUAACUUCAGUGGGUGAUUAUCAACAAUUACCGUCAUCCAUAGCAAAUAUCAAACAAUACUGUUCUGACCAUGAGGAAAAAUAUCAGCACUACUGUUCCCAACAUGAGACCCUUUGUUGUCCGCUUUGUCUCACGUCAAAUCACAGGAAAUGUGAUUUUUUAGCGAUUGGUGAAAUCAUCAAAACGUCAAAGACCUCCGCACUUUUCGACAUUAUGGAACAAAAUAUCAAGGAUAUGAAAAGCAAUCUAGAAAAAAUAACAGACGAUCGCAGGAAAAAUUUGGAAGAUAUUCAUCAACAACGACAGCAGUUCCUGACAGAUAUAAAAGAGAUACGAGAAAAAAUGAACAAACAUCUAGAUAAACUUGAACAAGAAGUGGAACAGAAUAUCCAAACUGCGGAACAAAAAGCCAAAUCACAAAUAGAAACACUUCUUUCAAACAUCUCCGGCCAUUGUAAAACAAUAGAUAAGCUACAGCAGAAUAUAUCUGCGACUAAACAUCUUGCCACUGAUCUUCAGACAUUUUUGGGCGGAAAAAUGUUUGAAGCUGAGAUUCAAAAGGAAGAGAAGGUCAUGCAGUCUUUAAUAGAAAAGGGAGAUUUGCAACAAAUAAACCUACAAUGCAAAAUUGAUGAUAAGUUGUCCAAAAUACUGUCCUUGGCAAAUAUGGCAGAGAUAUCUAUUAUAACAAAUCAACCCAGUAUUACAAUGACGACGGUUGGAUAUAAACAAGCUCAACAAAUUGUACCGAAGAUUUCAAAAACAAUCAAAGACAUCAAUCCUACUUUACUAGCGAGAUUUGAAAUACCUAAACAGGGGAAAGCACCUGCAAUCACAGGCUGCACUAUCAUGCCUACACAAAAAAUUAUCUUUGUAGAUCAAGCCAAUGAUCGUCUUGUAAUCCACAAUGAAAAUAAUUCAUUUCAUAGUGAAAUACCUGUAUCACAUUGGCCCAUAGAUGUAACUUGUAUUGAUAAAAAUACCGUCGCUGUCACUCAUAAUGCAGAGCCUUAUCAUAUAGAAAUCAUCAACAUCGCCGAUAGAAAGAUUGUUAAAAGGAUUAAAACGUCCAAUAUGUGCUACGGCAUUUCACAUAUACAAGGUAGACUGAUAUAUUAUGAAACAGGAAGUGGUAUUAUAACAGCAGAUAUCACUGAUGAAAGUACUGUCACCACAGUAGUUAAAGUCGAUGGCGAGCAAACCUGGAACUAUAUUACAACAUCAAAAGACAAGAUAUACCGUACAAACCAAAUCAGAAAAUCCGUCACAUGCUACACAAUCACAGGGAAGAAGCUUUGGAAAUACAAAGACAAAUCAAUUCUUAAAGGGAUUCAUGACUUAACUGUUGAUAAUGAUUCUAACGUGUAUGUGGCAUCCAAAGAGAAUAGCAGUGUCGUCGUACUUUCACCAGAUGGAAAGCACACUCGUCGAUUUUUAGUAAAAGUAAAUGGGAUUAAAGACCCACUUGCAAUAUAUUUUGACACAAGGAGAAAUAUUCUACUUGUUACUAACCUUAGAGGACCAGCAUUUUUAUACAAAAUUAAAUGACAUAUUUUUCUGUUUUUGUUGGUUGGAAUAUCAACAAAAACACUUAGUAUUCUAAACGUGAGAAGGUGACAUUACUUGAGAAUUUGAAACGCACCGUGUUUACUCUGUUAUUGUCGGUUUUGACGGUAGUAUACUCUAACCAAUAGCAUGAAUUGAAUUUUGACUUGUUAACGACUUCAUGCAUGACUUUCUGUAUAUUUGAUGUUGCAUAAAUUUUAACAAGUAUGACAUAACUUUGAACAGCGGUAUACAACUGUUGCCUUUAUGGGAUCAUUAAAUAUUCUCAUUUAGACAACU